CCACUGCUCCUACCACUAUGACGGAAGUGGAAAGGACACAUGCCAUGUCUACUUCCGGAACCACUAGCAGCCAAACUACAACAACAAAUCAAUCAGGAUCAGGUACUACCACUGCUCCUACCACUAUGACCGAUAAGGAAAGAACACAUGCCAUGUCUAUUCCCGGAACCACUAGCAGGCAAACUACAACAACAAAUCACUGUCUCCCCAACCCUUGCCACAACGGAGGGUCCUGUGUGGAGACUUUAGAUUCAUCCGAAGGCUCUGUUACAUCGUGUACUUGCAAGACUGGGUUUGACGGUCAAAACUGUGAACAUGUAAGAUGCCCGGAUGAAUGGACUUUUUUCGAAGAAAGUUGCUAUAAAUAUUUUGCCGAGGAGGUUUCCUUUCAAGAGGCCUUGUCCACCUGUCGAAACUCGACCAAUGAACAGUCGUGUCAUGGAGACUUGGUUUCUAUUCACUGUGCAGAGGAAAAUGACUUCAUCCGGGGACUCAGUCAAACUAACAGGCCGGAUUUAUGGAUCGGACUUCAUCAACCAGACCCAAACGGGAUAUUUGUUUGGUCAGAUGGGACACAAUUCAACUAUACCAACUGGCGGAAUAAUGAACCCAAUAAUGGUGGAGGCAAUGAAGACUGCGUUGUAUCACGUCAAAAUAACGGGAAAUGGAAUGAUAUCUCCUGUGCAGUUAGCGUACCCUACGUUUGCAAACUCUCUGUGUCGUGUCAGCUAUAACAACCUUACAAAACACAUUGAAAGUAUAAGAAC